AUGCCGGCCACCAACCAGGGCUGGCCCGAGGACUUCGGCUUCCGGCUAGGUGGCUCUGGCCCGUGCUUCGUCCUGGAGGUGGCUGAGGGAAGUAGUGCACACGCCGGGGGACUGCGGCCCGGGGACCAGAUUCUGGAGGUGGAGGGGCUGGCUGUGGGCGGUCUGAGCCGUGAACGCCUGGUACGCCUUGCUCGGCGCUGCCCUCGUGUGCCACCCAGCCUUGGUGUGCUCCCCGGCCCCGAAGGCGGCCCGGUAGCCCUGUCCGCAGCUUUGCGGGCGCCGCGUUGUGGCCGUGGCCUCGCACUGGGCCGUGAGCUGCUUCGCCUGGCAGGCCGCAAGCGCCCAGAUGCCGUGCACCGGGAGCGAAGGCGCAAGGCCCAGGAGUUCAGCCGCAAGGUGGAUGAAAUCUUGGGGGACCAGCUGACUGCCAAGGAGCAGGUGUUUGCAGCUCUGAAGCAAUUUGCAGCUGAGCCACUGGUAGAUGACCUGGUGUGGGCUCUCACCCUGGCACUGCCCCGGGAGGCCCGUGGGCCACUCCUGGAGAACCUCAGGAUCUUCAUCCCCAAGAAGCACCGAGCGCGCUUCGACGAGGUGGUGUCACAGGGCCUGCUGGGCAAGUUGUGCCGCGCCCGGCGGGCGCAGGGCGCGCAGCGGCUGCGGCGGAGCCGCAGCGAGGAGCGACCCGAGCGCCUCCUGGUGUCCACGCGCGCCAGCGCCCCGCCGCGCCGCCCGGACGAACCGCCGCCGCGCAAGGCUGCCUCGCUGGUGGGCGGCCGCACAGGCCCUGGGGGAGCGCGCAGGACUGUCCGAGUCUACAAGGGCAACAAGAGUUUCGGCUUCACGCUGCGUGGCCACGGGCCAGUCUGGAUUGAGUCCGUCCUUCCUGGCAGCCCAGCUGAUAAUGCAGCCCUCAAAUCAGGUGACCGGAUCCUCUUCCUCAAUGGACUGGACAUGAGGAACUGCUCCCAUGACAAGGUGGUGUCCAUGCUACAGGGCAGUGGCGCAAUGCCCACGCUGGUGGUGGAAGAAGGGCUCGUUCCAUUCGCUAGCGACUCCGAUUCUAUGGAUUCCCCCAACCCGUCAUCAGCGCUCACCUCCCUGCUGUGGGUGGCCGAGAUCCUGCCUUCCAGCAUCCGGGUCCAGGGGAGAACCUUCAGCCAGCAGCUGGAGCACCUGCUCACGCCUCCUGAGCGUUAUGGGGUCUGCCGGGCCCUUGAGAGCUUCUUCCAGCACAGGAACAUCGAUACCCUCAUCGUGGAUGUCUACCCUGUGUUGGACACACCUGCCAAGCAGGUCCUUUGGCAGUUCAUCUACCAGCUGCUGACAUAUGAGGAGCAGGAGCUCUGUCAGGAGAAAAUAGCAUGCUUCCUGGGCUACACGGCCAUGACAGCAGAGCCUGAGUCCUCGCUGGACCUGGAGCCCACCCCGGAGCCUACGCCAGAGCCCACACCAGAGCCCCAGCCUCGGAGCUCUGUGAGGGCCUCUUCCAUGUGCCGCCGCAGCCUUCGGUCCCAGGGCCUGGAGUCCAGCCUCAGCUGUGGUCCCAGUGACUGCCCUGAGAUGCCUCUUCCUCUGAUCCCAGGUGAACGCCAGGCUGGGGAUGGCACAUCUCUCCCUGAGACCCCCAAUCCCAAGAUGAUGUCGGCCGUCUAUGCGGAGCUUGAGUCUCGACUGAACAGCAGCUUCAAAGGGAAAAUGGGGAGUGUGUCCAAAUCCCGGGCCUCCCCACCAGGCCCUAGUCUGGCAGGCACAGCAGGGCCCAGGACCCUGUCCGGAGUCUCCUGGCCCAGUGAGCGGCUCCUGCCCUCCCCCUGCUACGACCCGCUGUGCUCAGGGGGCCUGGCCUCCCCCAGCAGCUCCGAGUCCCACCCUUACGCCAGCCUGGACAGCAGCAGGGCGCCCUCCCCCCAGCCAGGCCCCGGGCCCAUCCACCCUGACAGCCCCCCCAGCCCGGACCCUGCCCGCCCGCCCAGCCGCAGGAAGCUCUUCACCUUCUCCCGCCCCAUCCGGAGCCGGGACACGGACCACUUUCUGGAUGUGCUGAGCGAGCAACUGGGCCCCAGGGUCAUCGUGGAUGAUUUCCUGACACCUGAGAAUGAUUAUGAGGAGAUGAGCUUCCAUGAUGACCAGGGCAGCUUUGUGACCAACGAGCGGAGCAGUGCCAGCGAGUGUCUCAGCAGCAGUGAAGAGGGCAGUUCCCUGACUUACUCUUCCAUCUCUGAUCACAUUCCCCCACCCCCACUCAGUCCCCCCCCACCACCACCCCUGCCUUUCCAUGAUCCCAAGCCCAGCUCCCGCACCUCUGAUAGUACCAGGGGCCCCACUCAAGCCCUGACCAAGCCCCUUACCCAGCUUGGUCACCCAGUCCCACCCCCACCCCCACCCCCCCUUCCUCCACCUGUGCCCUGUGCACCCCCCAUGUUAUCCCGGGGCCUGGGCCAUCGGCGCAGUGAGACAAGCCACAUGAGUGUCAAGCGCUUGCGGUGGGAGCAGGUGGAAAACUCAGAAGGCACCAUUUGGGGGCAGCUCGGGGAGGACUCUGACUACGAUAAACUGAGUGACAUGGUGAAAUACCUCGACCUGGAGCUUCACUUCGGCACCCAGAAACCUACUAAGCCAGUGCCUGGGCCUGAGCCCUUCCGAAAGAAGGAGGUGGUGGAGAUCCUGUCUCACAAGAAGGCCUACAACACCUCCAUUCUCUUAGCUCACCUGAAGCUGAGUCCCGCCGAACUGCGGCAGGUGCUCAUGAACAUGGAGCCCCGGCGCUUGGAGCCCGCGCAUCUGGCGCAGCUGCUGCUGUUCGCGCCCGAUGCCGACGAGGAGCAGCGCUACCAGGCCUUCCGUGAGGCGCCCGGUCGCCUCAGCGAGCCCGAUCAGUUCAUUCUUCAGAUGCUGUCGGUUCCUGAAUAUAAAACUCGACUGCGCAGCCUCCACUUCCAGGCCACCCUACAGGAGAAGACAGAGGAGAUCCGAGGCAGCCUCCAAUGCUUACGACAGGCUUCCCUUGAGCUUAAAAACAGCCGGAAACUCGCCAAGAUUUUGGAGUUUGUUUUGGCCAUGGGCAACUAUCUCAACGAUGGACAGCCCAAAACCAACAAGACCACAGGCUUCAAGAUCAACUUUCUGACAGAGCUGAACUCCACCAAGACAGUGGAUGGGAAGUCCACCUUCCUGCACAUCCUUGCCAAAUCGCUGAGCCAGCACUUCCCUGAACUCCUGGGCUUUGCUCAGGACCUGCCCACCGUGCCCCUGGCUGCCAAAGUGAACCAACGGGCCCUGACUGGCGACCUGGCUGACCUCCAUGGCACCAUCAGUGAGAUUCAGGCUGCCUGCCAGACCAUGUCCCCCUCCAGUGAGGACAGGUUUGCUGUGGUCAUGGCGUCCUUCCUGGAGACCGCCCAGCCUGCACUUCGGGCACUGGAUGGGCUGCAGCGAGAGGCCAUGGAGGAACUGAGCAAGGCACUGGCCUUCUUUGGGGAGGAUUCCAAAGCCACCACCUCUGAGGCCUUCUUCGGCAUUUUUGCGGAAUUCAUGAGCAAGUUCGAGCGAGCACUCAGCGACUUGCAGGCCGGGGAGGGCCCACGCAGCUCUGGGAUGGCUUCACCCCUGGCCUGGUGACAGCAGCCACACCUCAUUCUCUGUGGCCUGAGCACUGAAAAGGACACCGGAGGCUUCACCCCAGAGGGUAGGCAGCCUGCAUGCCACCGAGGUUCAGGCUGGUGAGUGCACAGUGUGGCUGCCUGAGGGAAGGGCCUGGGCAUGCCCAUGUCUCCAGCUACCUCAGCCGCAGACCGUAGAACAGUCCGGGCCUCCCUGCCUGCUGUGUCCCGCUGCAGGCCAGCUGGGACUCUCGGGGCAGGGGGGAUAGGCAGGGUGGCCUGGCCUCGUCCCGUGCUCCAUGGGCUUCUUGUGGUCACCCCACCUCCCCACAUCCCUUCCUGGCCUGUUGAAUAGAAUAAAGUACU